AUGCAUAGCUUCACAAGCAGCGGGUCUAACCCGCAGCGGCUGGGCGCGGCGCGCUCCAUAUCCGACUUGAGUCUCAAAUUAGGCAGGCUACUACUGGCGCCUGGAAAGAGUCAGCAAGAGGAGCCCGCACAGGAUGCGGACUGUUCAACCAUGCCCGGAAGCUCAACCUGCAGUGAAGCCGACGAGAACUAUUGGUCUUCCGUUUUAGGAAGUGUUGGCGAGGAGUCGAUGGCGGAGGCGCAUCGCAACGAUGACCCAGACGAUGUUCCGGAGCUGAAUGUCGAAAGCAUUCACACCUUCAUCGGCAGCAAUCGCCACCACACGGCGAGCGGUAUUCCCAAGUCUAAGGUCGUGGCACAAGUAUCUGGCACCGGAUUGGCGCCCUGGGAGAUCCACAGGCCCCAGAAGUUCGUUCGCGACUUGGUUCUCCGGCGCUGCUUCUCGGGCCGGGUCCUGGAUGCGGGGUGCGGCAUCGGGGACAACGCGCUGUACGUGGCCAAGGCGUGUCCGGGGGCGAAGGUCACGGCAGUGGAUGUGGUGCCGAGGUGUCUGGAGUUUGCGGCAGCCAAGGCCAACCUGCGAAACAUGCGCAGUCAGCUGGAUCUCGUGGUGGGCGAUCUGUUGCAGCAAAACUUGAGCAGCAUGCCGGCGGUAUUGGGUCCCGACAAGAAUGGUUCCUUUAAUGUCGUACUCGACUCAUCGUUUUUCCACUCCUUCUCCGACGCGGAUCGUGAUCGUUAUGUUUCGACGCUUCGACGGCUUCUUCGCCCCGGGGGCCUUAUCUACAUGAACUGCAUGUCGGAGGAGGAAACAAGACCGGGCGGUCCUAGGCGCAUUUCCGUACCGGACUUGCUAACCGUUUUCAACCGCCCUAACGGCUGGGAGGUUGAGACCAUUGAGGACUCGAUCAUCGAACUGCAUCCCACAUUUUGGGACGGCAAGGCCAAAGCACGGCUCUUCACCAUUCGCAAGCUCUAG